AUGGGCGCUAUUGCGGCUUCGUCGAGCCCCACACCUUCUGAGACUCAUGUCGAAAAAAGAGCCGACAUCUCUGAUGUUCUCGCAAUCAUCAAUACUCUUGAAACCGCGACCACCCCAAUUCUUUCUAGUAUUGACACUGUUGCUGGGAGCAUCUUGCCAUCCUCUGUAACACUUACACCCCUUGUGGCAAGCCUCGUCGCAUCCUUGAACACGGCAUCUGCAUCGCUCGCCUUGCUCGGAACUGUCAGUCCCACAGGUGGUUCUCCAGCAACCAUUGCAGCCGCUACUGCACCAAUUGUUUCGAAUAUUGUCAGGACUUUGAAUAACGCCAAGAGAACGAUACCUGGUGUAAACCUCGUUGUGGCGACUCUAGGAUUAGAUGCCUCACUCAACCAGGUUCUUGUUGGAUUGGAAAAUUCGACAGCAGGUGUGCUGAACCUUCUUGCCCAAUUGUAA